UUUCUUUAUAUCCAGAUUUGUUCUCUGUAACUGGACGUUGCUCAAAAUCACCAUGCUCUCAUAUACACAGCGGCUAUUGCAAAUGUGAGUCAAUGACCUUGGAAAUAAUGUUCGUUAAAGGUAGGGGUCGUUUUUCAUCAAUACAUAACAAUUCUGGAGCUUGUUAAAUUAGUGUAACGUGCGUCAUGUCUUAAUAUCGUUUAUAAUGGUUCUAAAUGGUCAACAUAAUCUGUGUACGGCGUUAAUUUUGGAUGACCAUUUAAGCUAAAUUUAGCUCGAACCAUGCUAGCAUGAUUUCAGCAUUUCCUGAUUACACUAUUUCAACAUUUUGAGACAGCUUAACGUUCAGUAAUGCAGUCAAACAUCACGCAAUAAAAAUGUCAACCUGCUCAGAAUUUGCAUAUUUCGUGGUGGUAUUUAAAGAAGAUUCACAGAAGUGUGUGGCUUAAAGUAGAGUUUUUCUAAACGUUAACAUACUAGACUUAUUGCAAAGUGAUAAGGAGACUUAUUGAUGAGUCAAACGUGACCAAAUUCAAAGGGUUGUCUGUUGGUUUUCACCCACACAUGAAAACGCAUUUGUUUUGAAUAAGAAGGCAACUGUUUCCAUUUAGUGAUUAUCCAGUUAACUAUUUGGUGGCGUCUAAUGCAUAUAAUAUGGGUAUAAACUGCAUGCAAUGCGCAUAUAUUUUUCCGUUGCUUCUGAAAACAUAAUCGUAUUGAUAUGUUUUACUUCCUAUCAUCGACACACUCAUUUUGACUCGUUUCCUAUUCAUCAUCUUAUCGCAAUAAUGUGAUUCGAUAACUUGGUACAACGAACUUAUUGUCGCGCCCUACGACUGGCUGACACAAUCAACGUAGAAUGUGCCGCAGAAAUUCAUUGGCUCAAGUUUCCAUGCCUUGUUACAGUGAACAGAUGAAGAUAACAAGAUUAAUAGCAAAAGAGUCAAAGAAUGUUGAAAUUCAAGGUUGAGAGGAAGACGAAGAUUGGACAAAUUUGUGCGGUUGUAAGCGGUUUUGAGCCAUAUUAGGCAAGCCCUCCUACCGCUGAUGGUGGUUAUCACCCUCAUCCUAACCGAAUGAUCUAAAUCUCCAAGUACUACCAUGACCAAGAGUCAGUGGGUUUCAUGGACUGAUACCAUGUCUUGACUUGAGUCUCCCUUGCUUUCUUCCAAACUUUUGCACCAGCAGUCUUUGGACAUGAGUAACAUUAGUACAAAAAUCCUUGUAUGGUUACUACACAUAAAAUUAAUUAUCAUUCCCUCAAUCGUUUGUGACUAAAUGCCAAGGUUAAUCAGUGGUAAUACGUAUUUUAAAAAUGGUCUGUUAGUACUUCCUAUGACAUAUAAUAAAUACAUUUAUUUAUAAAAUUCCUGUUUUUCUUUUGUUCGUUGUCAAUCUCUAGGAUAGCUCAGAUACAUGCAAGGAUUGAGUUUGACUCAGCGCCUUCACAUUCUUAAGGCGUUACAUGGAUGCUUUAUCCUCACACUUUUAUGCACAGGAAUUGUCGGACUGGUUUUAUUCAGUACGAUUAUUAGUCAACCUAUACGAAAUUGUCCUAUACUUCAUGCUAUAUACACUGUGUUCUGGCUUUCUCUUGGUCUUUCUAUUCUACAAAUCAUAUUAGCUAUAAUUUUCUUCAUCUGGUUUCUGUUCACAUUUCUUUGUCCUUCAAAAUCGGUUGAUAGCGUUACAAAUUCAAGUCAAUCUGGAGUUCAAGUUAAUCAACCAGUUUAUUCAUCGGAUAAUCCAUUUGAUUCUUGUACAACAGCUGUUGGUGUCCAUUGUGGUCAAGCUUAUGGACCUUCUUAUUUUUCACAUCCACCUUAUGCAAGUGAUGAUACACUUGAUACGUCCUCAGGGAUAUGCGACUGUUGUCACUUCAGAAUUGGAUGGUUAUGGUUUGGUUCCAUAUUUCUUGGAAUUUUAUCAGUUGGUUUAAUAUUAAGUUUGAUAUUGGUAGGGAACUUUUUAUCUGAAAUGGAUACAUUGUUUAACUCAGAGAUGGCCAGCACAUUUGUAGAGGCUCGUGUAAGCUACUUUAGUGCCAAGAGUUCUAACAAUGCACUGAAGUGUUGGGACGUAAUACAAAAGACUUUCCAGUGUUGUGGUCAGAUCAAUUACACAGAUUGGAGUUCAUAUGGACAAAGAGAUGUACAGAGUAAAGCAGAAACUGUACUACCGAUUUCAUGUUAUUUCACUGAUAAUAUUUCAGAUAAUCGACAUAUUUAUACUUCAGGUUGUUUAGAUCUUAUCAUUAAGUCGUUAAAUUUACAACUGACUACAUCUCGUGUUUAUUUAAUCGUAACAUUUAUUUUACUGGUGGUCACUUUUUUUGUCGAUUUUGGUUACACAUUAUAUGUUGCAUAUACUACUGUUGUUGGAAAUCCUGUAAUGGAAUAUGACAGGAGCAAUAUGGAAGGAGUAUGGCAACAUACAUCAGAAGGAAUGACGACGAGGAAAACUUCCUCUUCCGCUGCCAUCUCCGGCCACCAUCAUGAUGAAUUAGAAUCUAUAUCCAGCAGUAAUUCAAGUUCUAUAAUGGUUCAGAACUCUGUUUAUCAGUCAAAUAGAAAUAGCUGACAGCCUUUUUGGAAAAAAUAUAAAUCUAGUCACAGGACAAAAUAUUACAUGGAUGUAAGAUAAGGAUUUUAAGCGCACCCAAACAAAAUGCAUAUGGUUUUCCUAUAAUGGAUUGAUUUAUGUCAUGAUCCUGAUGUUUACCUCAUGAUAUCGUAACGCUUAUAUCAGAUUUGUAUUUGCAUUUUAACUAAACAUAUUAAAAAAUAUGACAAGUCACAUAUCUAUUAUUUUUUGUUUAAAAAAACAUAUCACUUUCUAUGAUUCCUGUUCGUCAGUACGUUGAUUACAUUUACAUGCUUAUUAUGUGUAUCAUUAAAGCAAUGAUGUUUCGAAAUUUUUUGUCUUUGUGUUUACUAUUCCGUUAUAUUAAGUAAGAGUUUUAUAUUUACCGAAGAGUUGCUUGUAUUUUACAUUUCGAUUUUGUAUCAUUCUUUUGUCCAUUUAUUGGAAAAAUUUCAACUUUUUAUAUGCCUGUGGUUUUCAUACUAGAAUUAGUUUAAAUAAUGUUCUUUAUUAUUGUAAUGAAUUCCCAUCUACACAUU